UCCUUUACGGAAGAAAUCGCCGAUGUGUGGGCUGGGAAAGUUCUAGGAGGCGAUGGCCGUGGGCACGAUGAGAACCCAGGUCCCAAGCAAUGGCAAAGGAGAUUUACCCCUUCCCUCCAGUUCGGCCCCAAGGAGGUGAGAUGGCAGCUGGGCCAAAUAGGCAUGAAGAGUGGGUGGGCAGCGCAUACCUGUUUGUGGAGUCCUCGCUGGAGGAGGUGGUCCUGUCAGAUGCAUAUGCACACCCCCAGCAGAAGGUGGCCGUGUACAGGGCUCUGCGGGCUGCAUUGGCAGAGAGCAGCGGAAGCCCGGAGGAGCUGCAGAUGCUCAAGAUCCACCGUGGCGACCCGCAGCUGAUUGUGCAGUUGCGUUUCUGCGGGCGCCAGCUCUGCUGCCGCUUCCUCCGCGCCUACCGCGAGGGGGCGCUACGCGGCGCGCUGCAGAGGUGCUUGGCUGCAGCACUCGCCCAGCCCUCGCUUCAGCUGCAACUGGAGCUGCGCGCCGGCGCGGAGCAGCUGGACUCUUUGCUGACGGACGAAGAGCGCUGUUUGAGUUGCAUCUUAGCCCAGAAGCCGGACAGACUGCGGGAUGAGGAACUCGCUGAGCUGGAGGAUGCGCUCCAGAAUCUGACUUUCGGCUCCGGGGGCCAGGGUGGCGACGUGGAGGUCUCUCCGGCCCCCUUGCAGUCCCUGGUCUCCUCUCCGUCGGAGAAGCCGCCGCCACCGUCUGGCCAUACUUUUCUAUUCCAGGGUCAGCCCGUAGUGAACCGGCCGCUGAGCCUGCAGGACCAACAGACGUUCGCGCGCUCCGUGGGCCUCAAAUGGCGCAAGGUGGGGCGCUCACUGCAGCGCGGCUGUCGGGCGCUGCGGGACCCAGCGCUCGACUCGCUGGCCUAUGAGUACGAGCGCGAAGGGCUGUACGAGCAGGCCUUCCAGCUGCUGCGGCGCUUUGUGCAGGCCGAGGGCCGCCGCGCCACGCUGCAGCGCCUGGUGGAGGCGCUCGAGGAGAACGAGCUCACUAGUUUGGCAGAGGACUUGCUAGGCCUGGCCGAUCCCGAUGGAGGCCUGGCUUAGACCUGGUCCCAGAGAAAGGGGCGGUCGGCCAGGUGCCCAGCGUGGGUCUGGAGCACCUGGAUGACCCUAGGACCCCUUCUGGUGCUACUGCCUACCGCUUAUACAUCCAUGGGACUCUGAGACCACACUUACAACCACACUUUGUCUGCUGGAGCUGCUGGGGCAGAGUUGACUGCCUUCCCCAGGAGCCAGACAAGCACCCACCAAGUUCGCUGGGGGUGUACUACUGCGGAUUCUGCCCCAGAUACUUACAGUGUGUGGGUGACAUGCUGCGGAGGUUAGCCUCACCCUCUGCCACCCCAGAAGAGGGGCUUCUGGCGAGCCCUCACCUCUUCACUCAUCGAACAAUUACUCAUUAAGCACCUGGACGUUUGGUAUUCUAGGCAUUAUCCUGGGUGCUGCAAAUACUGUGGUGAACAAGAUCCUGCCUGCCCCCACCUCAGACUCAGUGUGGAACCCUGGAUAUUAAGCAACGGUAAUAAAGUGUAACCCUUUUUUCUGA